CCGGGCGUGCGUCAGUCGCGCAUCGAGCGCUAUACGAGUAUACCGGGUGGCGCUGCGCCGACCCGUCGCGCACUAGUGUUGUGUCACAGCGGUGGGCCAGGUCGGUUUCGAGAUUUCUUCGUUCCGACUCAACCAUGGCUCUCAACUCGGACGCUGAACAGAAAUCGAACCUGGUCCUCCGCGUGGACCAGGAUUCGGACUCCGUUCUCCAGUCGCUAUUCGACACAGUGCUCAAGCCGGACUCGAAACGACCGCUACAGGUGCCUCUGCGUAUGCGACAGCUUCCGAAGUCGUUCUUUAACCCGCCGUCGACCGGUUCUAAGUCGCCAUCUGUGUCUCACUCGCGGGAAAACUCUGCCGAUUCGGCUUUCGGAUCGUCGUCCGCGACCGGGACCACUUCGGUGUCCCACUCUCGGGCGCACUCGUCGCCGGCGAGCUUGCAACAGACCUACGCCGCGGGGCAACAGACGCAGCAGCCGCCGUUACCUCAUCAACAUGCGAAGCAGAGGUCUUACGAUGUCGGAUCACACAUCCCGGACGAGCUCGGCCCGCUACCUGCAGGGUGGGAGCAGGCGCGCACACCAGAAGGACAGAUAUACUAUCUCAAUCACAUAACCAAGACAACGACGUGGGAGGACCCCCGUAAGACCCUCGCAGCACAGAACGUAGCUGGUGUCCAGCACCAGAGCACAGAAGCCAUACUCACACAGACCGCCACCCCACAGACUAUUGCCACAUCGACGCCGGGGCGGAGAGUGAGCACGAAUGUAUUCCAAGAAACGACGAAUACAUCACACACGCAUCCGUCAGCGAUGGACGUCGUCGAAGCAAAGAGUACAAGCAGUAACACAAGCACAGAUCCCCUGGGACCGCUGCCGGAUGGAUGGGAACAAGCCACCACACCAGAGGGAGAGAUCUACUUCAUAAACCACGCCGCAAGAACGACGUCUUGGUUCGAUCCUAGGAUACCACAACACUUGCAGCGCACGCCGGCGAGUAAUGCCGGGCUGGCGGGCGGCGGGUGGAGCAACGCGGCCAACCAGCAGAAGCUGCGUCUGCAGUCGUUGCAGCUGGAGAGGGAGCGGCUCAAGCAGCGCCAACAGGAGAUACGUCUCCAGCAAGAGAUAAUGGCGCGUCAGUCAUCCACGAUCGUGUCGUCGCUAUCGAACAGUGCCAGCACCGAGCUGCCCAUAGACCCGUUCCUGUCGGGCCUCAGCGAGCACCAGAGACAGGAGUCAGCGGACAGCGGGCUGGGCAUGUUACCCGCUAGCUAUCCAAUGUCUCACGCCCCCGAAGACUUCCUGAGCGGGAUAGACGAUAGGAUGGACUGCACCAGCGAGGCCGGCGCGGCGGAUAUCGCGCUCGGAGAUACCGAUGACUUGCUAGGCGAAUUCACAAACGACAUCUUAUUGGAUGACGUGCAGUCGCUAAUAAACUCGACGCCGAACAAACCUGACAACGUACUCACCUGGCUUUAAGGAGCGUACGCGUUGCGUGCACACGUACGUGCGUGCGUGCGUGCUUGCGUGCGCGCAGUCAAACAAUGAACUUGGAAUAUACAUAGUACUUACGGUUGUCCGAGUGUCGGUGAAAAAGUGAACGUUAUAGAAAAUGUGUGUAGUCGCUCGUGUUUUGUAUGUGUGAUUUGUUAGAUCUAUAUUUGCCCAAAAGGUUUAGCGACGACGGUUUGUUGAACGGACAAAAAACUACUUUUUACAUGCGACGAGUCGUAUAGACUUAUUUUUAUACAGAAAAUGAUUUUAUAUAGUCGUUUUAUAACAAAAGUAAACUACAAAUUCUUGUCUCUGCAUUUACACAAAUAAGUUAAGAUGGGUUUACUGAGUAUCCACACAAGUCGGGCAUUGGAGAUACCAAAACGUAUGUAAGUUUCCGGCUACCGGGUGUUUGCAACGAUAUAAGCGGGGUGCGCAGAGAUCGACGGUCGAUCGGAGUCUGAUUCGAUGAGAGGCAUCUGCGUUUGCAAAUCUCCUUUCCUAGCUGAAAGCAGCAUCUUGCAAGACACGUGUGAAGUAGGUUCCCUCUACUCUCUGCACGGAGACUAACAGGAAACCCUAUGCGACAAUACUUCGACAAUAAACCUCUUAUGAUAAAAAUUGUGAUAACAUCUUUAUGUAACAGUGCCUUAUUGUGCGUUAAAAUUAUUUAUUGUGUUUUUUAAAUUAAGAUAAUAUUAAAAUAUUUCUACUUUUUACGACCAUUCUAUUGGUGUUGCUAUUAACGUUUUAAUAGAAUAAAAAUACUUAUAUACAUGUUGUAGUUAAUGUCUUUGUCUACUUACACCGUCCUUGUGAAUUUUUUCGAGAUUAUCGGUAGGUUAGGUAUAGUUAAUGAUAGCAGCUACUAGAUAUACUUUCGGUUAUACAGUAUGUAUAGCCGGACAGUAUAUAAUAUGAGGUCGGUCGCGCGGUGCCGCUAGACAGUAAUAACAUUAGGUUACGGAUUAAGUGAAUGCAGCCUUACAAGUUUAGUAAAAUUUGCAGUGUGCUUGUACGUUAAUGUGUUGUGUGCUCAGAGUGCAAUAUGUGCCUGUAUUUACUGGCGAAUAGUAUUUCGAAGUAUUUCUAUCUCAAUGCUCUUGUAAAAUAUUUUCCCUGUAGAGAUAAUUUGGAAUAAGAUUACGGGAAGUACUCGCGGGUAUUUCCGCACAGAUAAAGCCACGCGCGCACGGGCGACAAAAACUGCCACUAUUCGUUUUCUGAUAUCGACUCAAGUGAACGGAAAAUAGAGUCUAUUUCUCCAAAGAUCUCUCAUCAGAACUAUUUUCUGUCUGAAUGAUGGUGGUCAAUAAGAGACAAUUUAGUCUCCCGUGCGCGCCAUGGUGAAGUAUGGCCGCUACCAGUAUAAUCACGGUAGUUCUCCAUAGUAGGUUACGUAAAGCUAUGUAAGUAUUCGCGGCAGUAAGAAACAAUUAAUGCUUUGUAUUUAACACGGUUAAUCUAUCAAAAUUCGAUUUAGCCCACCUAGUCUUUAGAAUUUUAAAAAAUUCAGAUUGUGGUUUGAUAAAUUUUAGGCGUUAAAAUUAACAUGCUACAUUGAAAACUUUGCCAUAUUAGUGAAUAUACUUUAUACUAAGACUUAAAUAUAAUCUUCGUGUUAUAAAUAGCAGUAUCUGUAUAACUAUUUUUAAUUAGGUGUAACGGUGCUGGGUUAUAUGCUAUAUUCUAUUUUAUAAUUUUGUAUUCUGUCGGACCCUCGUGCUUGUAUGUCAUAUAAUUUUAUAUUUUAGUGACUACGCUUUACGUAUUGUUCUGUUGGUUAUUCUGGACGUUUCUAUGCCUCUAGUUUUAGAAUGGUACUGUGGUAUCUUUGUUUUCUGUGGCUGAGUUCUUUUGUAUUAUAUAUAAGAAUAACGAAACACGCACUGUACUGUGGCAGUAUCACUACUUAGUAGACCUUAAAUUUACUCAAUAUCAUUUACAAUGUUAUAAAAAGUCUUCCAAGUGUUAAUUAUUAUUAAAGUCAUCGAGCAUAGUGUACUCAUUUGAACGGUAAUGUAAACGCUGCACCGCUAACUGCGCUCUGAUUGGUCGAUACUGUUGCGGCCGCGCACUCAUUGGUGCGGUGCUGACUUAGCACGAGCGUGAUUUGUUAUUUAUCAGAUUUUCAGUGGUUUACUUAUGUAUGUGCCUUAUACAAAUAUGGCUUACACGGCGGCCCUAUAACGGUACAAUAUGCUCGAUGAAUAAAAUCUACUAAGUUGUUGAUACUACACUAUACUGCGUCACAUUCCAUAACCCAUUGCUCUUCAGCGCCACCAGUGGUUACAUUUCACAUGAAUAAUAAACGGAACAAUAUAUUCAAGUGCAAAUACUUAUCAUGUUUUAUUUCAUAAGUAGACUAUUUUACAAACAUAUCUUUUCAGUCUGACGAGACAGCAAGUUUUCUCUGUAGUGUAUGCAAUGUAAGUUGUAUCAAUGUUAUGACAAUGAAAUUAUAAAUAUGUAUCCUAUGCUAAUACAAAUAGUGAUAAUUUCAUUGUAAAUAAUUUGGUAUUCUUAUAUGGACAAAAUAAAAAAUGUUUUAAUAUUA